UCAUCCCAAAUAACGAGUCAUGUGAUUGUGAAAUACUAGAAGCUGUUGUCUCUGCUUGUUUCAUUACUCAACCCUGAUUCUUCUUGCUGGAGUGUCGCUCUGAGGAGGUUUUCCAGAAUGCUGUCUUCGUUCUUAAUAGUAUGUCUCCUGGCUUUUGCCUCUAGCAAACCAUGUGAUACUGAAGGAUCUGUCAAUGAGCUGCUCACGUCACUCAAUAAGGACCUGCUUCGCUCUCUGGAGAGGCAGGAAGGAGUCCCCAAUCCCAGUGUGCACUUGGCAUUGCGACUUUCUAAUUUCCACAACCUUGCCAAGGAGAGCGAACACCUGAAUAAACUGAAAACUGAUUUGCACAAUGACAUACAAAACUCUCUCUCUAACGGCCAGCCUGUGACUGGCCUCUUGGCAUUGUACACUAUGGCUUUGAAGUCCUCCUGCUACGACCUCAACACAGUCACCUUCACCGUCAGCGAGACAAGGAAGGUGCUGCUGACACAACUGAAGAAGCAGAUGGAACAUGAAAAAGAGCAUAUUGGCUUCAGCCACCGCCCUUUGACCAACUAUUACCAGUACUCUCUGGGUGUGCUUGCUCUUUGUGCAAGUGGCGUCAGGGUCAACAACCAUGUCAGCAACAAACUCAUCAAGGCAGUGGAAGACGAACAAUUCAAACAUGGAAACUCUGAGAGUAUUGAUACCAAUGCCAUGGCUGGGAUGGCACUCCAAUGUGUGAAGGACGCUGGGUCUCAUGUGCACAAUGCCGCUGAGCUGGACGUCGCCCUUAGCAAAAUCAAGCAGAAGCUUUUGGCCGCUCGCAGGGCCGAUGGCCAUAUUGGCAAUGAGUUCAGCACAGGUCUUGCAGUUCAGGCAUUAUUGGCAAUGGGCAGCCAGGUUGCAGAGUGUGCUGCCUCAAUGGAGGCCAUGAGGACAGGCGCCAGAAGCAACACAUACCACAACCCCAUGGCCAUAUCUCAGAUCCUGCCAGCUCUCCAGCAGAAAUCCUACCUGACAGUGAAAAGCAAGGACUGUCUCAAUGAGGAUAACACUCUGGUGCUGGAGCCCAUAGAUCCUGUGGUGGUUUUACCAAGUGAGAGCAAAGUCAGUUUGAUGGUUGAGGUGGUGAUAUCCAGCGGGGCAGCUGCUGUUUACUCUGUUGAUGUGCCAAAGGGCAGUUCUCUGUUGGAGGCCCUUGAACUUCUCAAGGGGAUAAAUGUUGGCUUCACGUUUGAGAAGGAGUCCAGCCUGUGGGGACCUUUCUUAAGUGUGGUGAAUGGAGAGCAGGCCAGACAGAGUGACCGCAGAUACUGGCACCUCUCCUCUGAUGGCACUGCACUCAGUCAGGGUAUCAAUGAUUUCAAGAUAAAGGCGGCUCAAAAGAUCACCAUCAAAAACACAAGCUACUGAGAGUCACUGCUGAUGCAACAGUGACGUGACUGAGGAGAAUCUGACCCUUGUAGUUUCAACCAGUGAUUAUACUUCAAUUGUCUGUGAAUCUGUGAAUAAAUGGUCAUAGUAGUUCCACUGAUUUUCACUUGAUUAAAGGUGUAAUUUAGACCUAACUGAAUAGUAAUGCUGUGAAUAUUCUAACUGGAGAAUUCAAAUUGUAAAGCUUUUUUUAUGAUUGUUUUUAAAUAAAGAGUUUUCUGGA